GCAUGUGCAUGUGUGUGCGCGUGCGCACGUGCAUGGCCGUGUGUGUAUGUGUCGUCAGACUAAGGUCGUCACCUCAGGGUCACCUCGUGAACUCAACGGUGGAAAAAUGCAAAAGAAUGACAGCUGAGUAACAAUUGUUUUAACCAUUGCAUCAUCUGUCCAUCAUCUUUGGGAUUCAUUAAUGAAUCACAUAAAAAAUUGCAGAUCAUUUCAUUCGUUUAUUUGCAUUUGUUUAUGUGGAUUAUUUUUUCUUUUCAAAUUGACGGUGCAGAAAACGCAUCACCAUAAACCGAUCAUUCAAUUCCUGAUAUGGGCUGUACCAUUGGCCAGAAAAUUAGCAAAAAUAUUGCCGUUGUCCACAAGUAGCUCAUUUUGAGGAAAAGCAGAACAAAAGAUCACGAAGAAAAUAGGAGAGGAUCUACAGCUCAGAGGCUGAAAUUGAGGUGAUUUAAACUAUUCGCCAAUGAAUGAAUUAUCCAAAUGCUUGUGAAUUGAUUUGAAGUUGUCUAUGAAUAGAUGAAUUGACUGUUGAGGUCAGCUCAAAUGUUACUGAGCGGCAUUGUCUUUAGCGCUCUCAUAGCGUGCAUGGGCCGAUUUUUUUCUCACCUACCGAGGCUUAACCAAGACAAAGACUUGGAAUUAGCUGUUUCUCUUUCUCGAAGGGAUUCAAGAGAUUUAAGAGAUGCCAGCAACAAAGUAUAGCGCAGCCACGUGGUGUUUUCAUGUGUUGCAGGAGUUUCCCCGCAUCGGUCAGCUCGCGUCCAAGCCGAGGAGGUCACUCACCUGCUGGACGACCACGUGGGCUGGGACAGACCGCAACAAUGUCCAUGCAGCAUCCCAGCAGGGCUCGCUCCCGUUAAGAGUGCAAAGGUCAAGCGGGGGUCCACGUGUGUGUGUGUGUGUGUGUGUGUGUGUGUGUGUGUGUGUGUGUGUGUGUGUGUGUGUGUGUGUGUGUGUGUGUGUGUGUGUGUGUGUGUGUGUGUGUGUGUGUGUGAGAGUGCGGGAAUGUUCCAAGUGGACGCUGACCGAAAACAGCCCAGCAAGUGCAGUGGACAAAACCUUCUUGUUUGGGUUCCCAGCGCACAACGACGUGCUUGGAUGACUUUGCUGCCGAGACGAAUGGCGUCGGCUUGCAGAGCGCGUGAAACACUCCAAGCCCACAGCGUCGUCAUCCUGCACACCAAAGUUGCUCAGAAGUCGUACGGCAACGAGAAGAGGUUCUUCUGUCCUCCUCCCUGUGUUUACGCCAACAUGCCGAGGCCGACGCGUGACCUCCUACAAGCUGAAGGCCUUGCUUUAAACGAGGGGACGGACGGCGUGCAUGGCUACAUGUGCGUGGACAGCGCCACGCUGACUCGCAGUGACACCCACAAGCUCAACUUUGAAACACUGCCCAACAAGACUGGGAUGUUGGCAUGCGCCAAGUCUCUGUUCAUCUCAGACCAGGACAAAAGGAAACACUUUCGUCUCAUACUCGGGCUCUUCCUGGAAGUGGGCUCGGUCCGACAGGAAGUAGGCUCCUUCCACAGCCGCCCAAUCAAAGUCAUCUCCAAACCGUCGCAGAAGAGACAAAGCAUGAAGAAUGCAGACCUGUGCAUCUCUGCGGGUUCCCGUGUGGCGUUGUUCAACCGCCUGCGCUCUCAGACUGUCAGUACUCGCUACCUGAAUGUGGAGGGCGGGUCCUUUGUCGCCAGCACCCGACAGUGGACUGCCUUCAUCAUCACGCUCGUGGAGGAGCAGCACGCUGAGCAUCAAGGUGACUUUGUGCUGAGUGAAGGAUUCGUCUGUUACGGUUCUGUGGUCCAACUUGUGUGCACCGAGUCUGGACUCACUCUGCCCCCCAUGGUAAUCCGCAAGGUGAACAAGCAGCACGCCGUCUUGUCGGUGGACGAGCCCGUGUCGCAGCUGCACAAAUGUGCCCUGGAGAUGGGCCGCGCGCCGCCGGCCUACCUGGCCGUUGCCGACGACGCCGUGGUGCUGCACCAGGCCACGCCCGGCGCAACACAGCCGGGCCGAGUGUCGCUGAACGAUGGCUCGUGCUGGACCAUCAUCGGCGUAGAGGUGGUGGAAUUCGCCUUCUGCCAGGCGGACGGCGCCUGCAUCCAGAUGCCCGUCACGCCUUUUCCUGAUGUCAGCGGGCUGGAACUCAGCGGCGGCGGCUACGCGGCUACGUUGGAACUGCGCGGCGAAAACCUGGGGCCUCACCUAAAAGUCUGCUUCGGCUGCUGCAAGGCCGAGACCGUAUUCAAGUCCACCAAGUGCCUAGUUUGCACGGUUCCCGAUGUGUGCGCGUUGCAGUGCGGUUGCUACGGCGCCGACAGCCGUCACGAAGGUGGUGGCACGGUGACAGUGCCGAUCUCCCUGCGGCGCCCGUGCGACGACCUCGACUACCGCACAACCUUCAGCUUCACGUACACGCCUGAGAGGCCGCGCCGCCUGACACCUCCAGCGGCAGGCGCCCUCAGGACAGCAGCAGCUGGGCACCGCGAUGACGCCAUGUUGAACAGCAUACACCACGAGUUUGCCAGGACCAACUUCCAACUCUUCGCUUGAAGUCCUAACCCGGCUUUUUCCAGCCAAUCUUUGUUUGACACCCUAUUUUGAAAGCCUCAAAUUGCCAUGAAAACCUCAACUUGAAACUGCUCGUGUGGUUUGGAAAGCCCUACUCUGAAAUCCUCCCCUUCUAUUCUCACCUUUGUUGAAACAUCCUAAUUUGUGAACGUGAAGGUGUAACUUCAGAUUUGAAUCUACACUUUGGCUAAAACUCUUAUGUUGCUUUCAAGUCCAACCGUGGCUUGCUUGCUUCAUGAGUGACCAUCACAAAUAAAAGCACCAAAUGCCAUCCAUUCUUGUCUGGUGUGUGUGUGCGUGUGUGCGUGCGUGCCUGCGUGCGUGUGCGUGCGUGCGUGCGUGCGUGCGUGCGUGCGUGUGUGUGUGUGUGUGUGUGUGUGUGUGAGCGCGUGUGAUGAGCAAGGAACAGAGAUGAGCGAUGGUUUUGAACAAGUUCCUUAUUUGUGCUUACUUGGAUGACAAUGAUGCCAAUGAUGACGAACAAAAGAAGCAAAACGACAAGAGUCAAAAAGGUCAUCGCCAGAUCUUUUCCCAAUCCUCUUCACUGACCCCAAGCCAUACUCCUGCUUUGCCUCGUUUCGAACGCCAAAGGUGCAGCCCUGAUUUCCAACAGGUGUUGUGCCAGAUUUGGUUCCCCGUGAGGAUUUGUUUCCCCUGACGCGGGAGCGCGCACCCCUUGUUUGGAAAGCGAAAAACCGAUGCCGUACGGCGUCAGCACUAUGUUGUUUUCAAUAAAAACAUGAAGGACA